GUGUGUAUAAUAGCGUCAGGUAAUACAGUAAUAAAAUUAAAUUAGAAGUAAAAGAGGGAGUCCUUGAAUAAAUAUGUGAAUGUUUGUUAAAGCCACUUCCUGAAUUAUGAAAUGCCAAAGUGAAAGUAAUAAACGGUGAGACGACGCCCUACAGACGAACGAAUGUUUCGUCUGGUUUUUUUUUUUUAACCCGUCAUAACGCGUCAAAUCAUCUUCAGCUGAUCUGUCCGUUCUUCAUCCAGCGACCAUGAACUUAAUACAUCUUAUUUCGCUGUCCUGUCUCGCUGUGGCGAGCGCUGCAGGAGACUCUGGUGUGACUGGCUCACAUAAAACAGUUAAAGUCAAAGUUGGUGAUGACGCCAUUCUGCCAUGCCAACUGGAAACCCCAUUUGACAAGAAGACUCAAAAAGUGGAGUGGACUCGCAAUGACAAAGAUGUGCACCUCUAUCGACAAGGGAAGAAUGACCUAACUCAUCAGGAUAAGCAUUUUAAAGGUAGAACAGCUCUCUUCCAUGAUGAAAUGGCCAAGGGAAAUAUUUCACUAAAAGUGAGCAAAGUAAAUGAACAGGAUGAGGGAAAUUACACUUGCCGUGUCGAUUUAAGUCAGGACCCACACUGCAACAUUCUCCUCAAUGUUGUAUUACACAAUUACAAUUUAACAGAAAAGAAGAGUGACACAGAAGAACGGAAUAAAGCUGAGCCAGAGCUAACAACGUUUUGGGAAGAGUAUGGUUACAUAGUAUAUGUAGUCAUUGCUGUCAUUGGAGGAAUUGCCAUUGUCAUUGCCAUCGUUGGCUUUUCGAGACGUAAUAACAAUGCAGCACCAAAUAUGGUUUAUGAGCUAGAACCACUGAGGGAAAGGAACGGAGAAAAUCAGAGAGAUUCUGACAUGGUGUGUCCAGAGCCAGAGGCAGAGCCAGAGGCAGAGCCAGAGACAGAGGCAGAGGCAGAG